UGCACCUCCGGCUGGGGUAUAAAUUAUGGUUCGCAAAAGCAGAUCUAUCAGUUCAGUUUUCUCCAGCAUUCCAACAAGUUCUAGAAACAUGAAAUCCUCAAUUUCUCUGAUGUGCUUUGCACUCCUCCUCAUAAGUCCUUUGUGUUUUGGCUACUCUGACGAAGAACGAGAAGCCGAUAGACUUAAAGUGGCAGAGAUCAUGACCACUUCCCUGGACGAUGAAACCAAAAUCAAUAGGACCCAGGAAUUGCUGGAUAUUUAUUACCGCUUGGCUCCCAGCUUGCCGUCUGAAGAAAGGGAGAAAAUCGAUGUUUUUGUUAAUGCGAACACCGACGCUAUAUUAAUCGACGGAGUUCCGAGUCAAGGCGGACGGAAGUCCAAGAUCGCUUCAAAAAUCGCGACUAAAGCUGCAAAGGAUGCGGCUACUGGAUUCUUUGAAGAAUUGGGUAGUACCCUAGCCAGAAAAUUCAAUGAAUGGUUUGGUUAGACAAUCCCUAAAACUUGAUUCAAACUUUAAAAUUUUUGGAAGCUUUUGCAAUGUUGAUUCCCAUAACUGUGUAAAAAUUGUUUAAUUUUUUUAAAAUAAAAUUUUUUACUUCUA